AUGAAAAGAACAAAACUCUUAUCUACAUUCUUGAAAAUAGCAGGUAUCCUGCAGGGAAGCCUAGUAAGCGCACAAUUUAAAGCGUAUAAUGACAGAAAUACAAGGUAUUCUUAUAUAGACUCUAAUACUCCCGUAUUUAUAAGCACAAAUUUGGAAAUAAUAGACACACAACCAGAUAGUUUAUUGAAUUGUGUAUACAGUUAUUGCAUCGAUAAGCAAGGACUUUUCCAGGAACAUAAUGACAUUGUGCUUGAUUUCCAGACAAAUAAGCCCCUUAAUGCCCGCGAUGAAAGAGUUAUAUUCAUGGGAAAAUACUGCAAUAUAUUUCAAGUACUAUUCCCAUUCACUAAGCCAGAAUUCCCCAUACAGAAUACCAAGAAAGGAUCUUUUUUUCUUUUCUUGGUGAGUCUUCAAGAGUCCAAGAAUGACAUUGCUUUGCUUAUGUAUCUUCUACUACUCUGUGAGGGUGUUGAUAUGAGAAUGGACAAAAUAGUCGAUAUGGAAGACUUGAAGAAAGAAGAUAUCACAGCCAGAGUAAACCAUUUGAAUAUUAUUUUUCAGUUAGGGAAUAAUAUUAAUACAGAAAAAGACACUAAGAAGAAACCCCAAAAUAAAAUGGCUACAGUAGAUAGAAUAUAUCUGCCAGUGUUUGAGCAAGUAUUAGGGUUUUUCCAGGAAUACAAAAUACAUCCAAAAGUAGACCUAAAAGGACCGUGUGAUAUGCCCAUUCAAAAGUAUAAAUUGUUACAGCAUAUUCAUCCAAGCACAAAGCUUCUAGUCCGAAUGUACGUCUAUUACUAUUGCAAUUAUUUCAACUGCUGGGAUGAACUUUUUAAAAAUAUCUACUUUAUAUUAAGGCCGUAUUCAGACUAUGCAAAGAAUAACUCUUCUACUAAGCAGUCUGCAGAUAAAGAUUGUAUAAUUGUAGAUGUAUUUAAGAAUGAAAAUGAAGACUCUAAUAUUCAAGAAAACUCUAGUAUACUAAGUUCUGAGGAAGGUGUUAAAAGAAAAUCCAUUAAAACACCUGCUUCUAAGGCUUAUUAUAGAAUAUUUAGGGAAACACUACAUGAAAAGAGCAAUUGUUCAAGUAUGUUUAAUAAGAAGUUCUUUACCCUUCUAUAUGCAACUCACCCAAUUCCUUAUUCUACCACGAACAAUCUGCCAUUUUACACAAAGACACCAUCUGGCACUGCAGUAGACCAGUUUCCUUUUAGACAGUCUAUUUAUAGUAGCAAAUGCUGUGAUGAAAGUUUACUUGUGAUUUUUUCUUGUCUUGCAUACAAUCCUGAAACCUUCAGUUAUAAUUAUAAUGGUGACUUUUAUGGAGAUAGAAUAUACAGUUUCUUAAAGAAAUACAAAAGAAUAACUGCUUCUCGUUGUAAUAACCUAAAUAUGCACUGGUCUAAGGAAGUUAUAAGCACGACCUUCAAUAGGAUUGGAACCACAGCCAAAUCUAGGCUUAGAAAAGGGACUAUUAAUUUUCUAAACAGAAUGCGACAACUAAUGGAUGGCCCAAAUUGCAGACUGGGUGACACUUUAACCUUUCUUAUACAAGAAACCAACAAAAAACCCAUUGAACCAGAUUAUAUUGAAAGGAUACAGACAAAACUAACCACGUUUUUUAAAGGAUAUUCCACAAAUAAUAGUCUUACUGUUAGGGUUAAAAACCUCACUAUAGCAAAAGUUGAAAAUAUGUUUGACUUUUUCGGGGAUAUUGAGCUGGAAUAUGAGCAUAAUGGAAUAUCAGGCGGAAUAAAUAUAAAUGUAGCACUAACUGGAGUAAAAGUCACUCUAUUAGAGUCUAAGAUUUCUAACCCUAAAAAAAGAAAAGAAGCCCUAGAAGAACUUCAGAAAUUAUGCUGGUACCCAGAGAGUGAUGCAAAGAGUUUAUUUAUAGUACACACUAAUACUCUAAUACAAGAAUGCAAUUAUUAUCCAAAAAAUACAACAGAACCAGUUGCAGGCCCUAGUGGUAUAUCUAAUUCCAACCGAGCAACCAGAAUCUAA